AUGGCUUCAUCUUCUUUACAGCGGUUCUUCGAUGCGGUUGCCACCCUGAUCGGAGAAGAGAACAUCUCCCGCACUCCCGGCCAUGGCGCACUGCAAGGCCCGCAUGGGCAACACUCGUAUGCGGAUCCUUUUGCCCUGCAUGACAAACAUGAUCCCAUCGGUGCACUCCGUCCAAAGCAGGUCCCCGAGGUUCAGGAGAUCUUGCGGCUGGCCAAUGCCCACCGUACGGAGGCGCUUUUCCCGGUCAAAAAAGGCUGCGUAGUCCUGGAUCUUCACCACAUGAACCGAAUCAUCGAGAUUAACGAGGAGUCCGCCUAUACGAUUGUGGAACCCGGCGUCUCGUUCUUUGAUCUUUACCAUGAGAUCAAGAAGCGAGGGUUGAACUUGUGGCCUUCUGUCCCGGCCAUUGGUUGGGGGUCUGUUCUCGGGAAUACACUUGAUCGUGGGUUCGGCUACACGCCGCAAGGGGAGCAUUCGCAAUUGCAAUGUGGGAUGGAGGUGGUCCUGCCGACUGGCGAGCUCAUCCGAACGGGAAUGGGGGCGAUGAAAGAUAGCGCUCUGUUUCCGCUCUUCAAGGAUGGCUAUGGCCCCAGUAUGGACGUCCUGUUUUAUCAGUCAAAUCUGGGAGUCGUUACCAAGAUCGGCAUGCAUAUUACCCCGGCCCCGGAGGCCUACGCCACCGUCGAAGUCAGCAUCCCACAGGAAUCUGAUUUGGUUCCGCUGGUGGGCAGUUUGUCGGAUCUCAUGCGCCGCUCGGUGAUCCUAAACUCCCCGUCGAUCGCCAAUAUCUUCCGCAUUGCGCUUACCUCGCAGAAUCCGGAGGUGCUCGCAGAGAUGAAGAAGUACAUUAACCCCGGGAGUUGCGUCCCAUACAGUGCACUGGAGGAGAUCCGCACGAGACAGGGGUGGGGAUUCUGGAAAGCCUAUUUCUCCUUGUACCCACCGGUGGAAGUGCUGCCGGGGCUGCUGAAGACGAUCCAGCGAGCGGCUUGA